AUGUGUCAAAGCCUCUUCGACGGCGAGACGACGUACAACCUGUCGGAUGUAAACGCCAUGCGUGGACGUAUAGGGAAAUUAGCCGAGGGCAUUGACCUGUUGAGUAAACAGAUCGCGGCUUUUCCCGCUGAACCGGGGAGCCGUCAUGCUAAGCUGCAGAACGCUAUUAGGCAGGCUGCUGCUCAUUAUAUUAAGGAAGAACUUCUCUCUCUUCGCAAACUUCCAACGGAAGCCCAAAUCGAAGAAGUACGUCGACAAAGAUACGAGAGAGCUCAAAGACAGAUUCAGCUUGAACGGGCUCGAAUGGAGGCGGAAGCUGCAGCGGGGAUAGGGUCGGCAGCGAGGGGAGCGGGGGGUAGUGGUUCGACGGCGGGAGGCGGGGAAUCGGAUGACGACAACCCGUUGCUGGAGCAGAUGAAUAUUAUUAGAGGCUAUAUCAAGGAGGCGAGAAGGGAAUUGAAGUUUGAAGAGGUGGCGAUUUUAGAAGAAAACUUGAAAGAACUAAAGAAAGAAUAUCAGUUCCAAAAACUCUCAAACAAAUCCUAGUCACUUUGGAAUUAUUACAUUUUUGUAUUCUAUACAGGGUGAUGCAAAAAAGGUACAAUUUUAUUAAAGGUAAAGGUAUGCUUUUGGAGUUAAUUUUACUUAUGACGUAAUAUAAUAUCAAGACUGACUAUCUUGCGAAUUAUCGGCUCUCACACUGGAGAAUUCCCUGAACCUGGCGAAUUCUCAAGAAGUGCCCACAGUGCGAACCGUUGGAUCGUCGAGGCCGUUAGAUAAAACGUAAUAAAUCCCCCCUUAGUCGUGUUCCUCAAUUCUUACGACUCGUAUCUUCUGACGAUCUCGUGGGUAGAUAACGCCAAAUUGAAAAUCAGCCUGAAGUUCAGACUCAUAAGCAAAAAUCUAUAUAUAUUCCGAAACUCAUUCGCUGUGUUUCAAUUUCUGAAGUUUAUGAAUGGUUUUCGAAAAUGACGAUAUUUCGGAGAAGGCGUGUAGCUCACUAUCAAACGCACGACUGGUUCGUCCCGUCACUUGAUAUAUAAAAAAAAGAAGGAAAAGGUGUAAAAACUAACUUAUAAAAAAUUAGUUAUUGAUGUACCAAGCGCCUUCGAGUCUAUUCAUAUUUGUCAGUCGCAAAAAAAUAAGUUAUGAAGAUCAUUAGUAUUUUUUUUACUAAUUUUGACAUCAUCACUAACUUUGCAGUAGUUUGGGUUUUACAUCCUUUAUUUCCCGAAAUAUCGAUGUGUAGAAUUUCUUCUUGAACAUUGCUGAUUUUUAAGUUCGACGGAAAGGGCUGGACUAUGCUUCGCCAGGUCACUCUGUUCAAAAGCCACCGUAUUGGCGGGAUAGUUCCUCCUCACCUAUCUUAAAUUUUUUUAAAUGUUUUCCAUAAUUAUCACAAUUUGCUUAGCAGUUCUUAGUGGUAGAGUUCUCUGUGUAAAACCCGCCUAGGUAGAUACCACCGUUCAAUUUACUUCCGCCGCAAAGCAGGUCUGCUGUGUUCUAGAUUAAAAGAGAAAUAGCCAGGGAAGCCCAGGAGAAGGAGUCAACGCAUUUUUUAUAUUAAAAAUAUUUCUUUACUAUCACCAAUAUACGUAGACAGUGUUAACUACUUUCCAUCAGGUAAGCCGGCGAGUUCCCAGUUUUAAUAACAAAAAAAAGUUUCAACUUUUUUGUAUUCACCGUGUUUUCUUACCCUUUAGUACAUUUAAGUACGCUUAUAUUUCUUGUACAUACACUUCUGUAUAUAUAAAUGUUAUUAUUUAAAAAAUGUACCUUUAUUAUAAGUAAUUAUAAGUUAAUAAAUGAACAAUUAG